AAUGUAUUCCUGGACAGAAAUUCAGUGCAGUACUCCUGCAGUCAGUGGCUCACCAGAGAUGGUCCUAAAGGUGCCAAGAGAGAACCAGGGGCCAGCUCUCAAAAUCAGAAACCAUGCUUGUUGGUUACUAAUCUGAUGGUCAUAACUUGAUUGCUUCAUACUCUCUAUGCCUCAACAACGGAGGCAACUUUUUUCAUGCGCUGCUGUGAACAGCAAAUAGAUCUGCAAGUGCUUUCUGUCAUGUGGUAGGACCAAGUCACAUGCUCUGCCAAGUUUCCAAAUCAGUUUCUGUCCAAACUCCUAGUAAGGACACAUGGAACUGUACAUUUUCUUAUCCUAUUCUUUCUGUAUUAUCGUAUGUAUACCACUCAUCUUGGAAUUAGACACUUGCUUUUCAACCUCCAAGAAAACUCUCAUCAUUAUCAGUACCACUUGUUAUGAACUAUAGCCUAAAAUUUCUGUGGCGUGUAUUGAUAUUCUAUAUAGACAUUUCCUGGUCCACAUACCCCUCAGUACACCCUCUGCAGCACUGUCUUUCAACAAACCGCUUGAGAGAAGUGUCCUUAAUCAUAAGACUUAACUCAUUUUCCAGAUCAUACACUGCGAUGUGUGAUUGGAUUACAGCUGAAGUAUAUUGGUUUUCUGGUUUGAGAGCAUGUGUACCUCUGCAAUAACAUGAGACAGCAUUUACUUCAUUGGGUUUUCAGUGCCAUAAGUAGGUGUACUAAAGGCUUUUUCAUCAAAGUAAUGCAUUCCCUAGUAAAUGAAGCUUUCCACAGGAGUAAUUCAGUGUUCCAGAGGUGCUUUAUUUUCCUAGUGGUGGGCACGGAGAGGGGGAAGGAGUCUGUAUUUGGUGCUCUCUCUAAGCACUAAGAAAACAUAGUGGAAGAAAAACUUGGAAAACAUUUAAACAAUUUUAUUUUAAAUUAAAAUUUAGGAGAAGGAUUGAGAGGCCUGAAGAGUUUUCCUGGAAAAGUGGGACCUCCAGGAAUAAAAGGAGCUUUAGGACCACAAGGAAAGAAAGGAGAAAAAGGAGAAUAUGGAACUUUGAUUUUAAAGAACAUCAAGAGUAUUGCUAAAAAUCGUACUUGUCUCAACUGGAUAUCUCUUUGUACAAAAGCUGUAAGUGCACUUGCCUGUCUCAGGAAUGAAGCUGAAAACACAGAUGUACAAGAGUCCAUAACACCUUGAAAACAGGCUUGUAUGGGGAUAUCUGAUGAACAGACUAAAGGCAGGUUCAGGAAUCUGAAUGGAAGGACUGUAACUUACUGGAGCUGGAAUGACAGAGAACUAAGUAAUCUACAAAAUGUGGAACGUGCGGUAAUAAAAGACUUUGGAAAAAUGGAUUGACAUUAAUUAUUCAAAUUCACGAAUCUUCCAAGAACAUUUCUGCGCUGAAGUCUCUGCAAUAUCUGUGCCUUAUAUAGUUUCAAGUCAGCUCAGGUGUAUCCAUAAAAGCUCAUAACAGCAACAACAACCAUGACAGGUGCUGUUUCCUGGGAAUUCAUGACCAGUUGGUGUCCCUUCAGUAAGAUGCAAAGCAGCUUUAUUUCACUGUGAUCAUCAGACCGUGAGGGACUGAUGUGUUGGCUUGCUGAAGUUUAUGAAACAAGCUUCAUCUAGGAUCAAACAUCCUACAAUAGAAGACAUCAGAACCAGAAGGAAGUUACUCACAAGAUCACAAUAUUUAUUCCUGGGAAACCAGAGGAACAAAAACUCUGGUUUCUUUUUUUCUUGAAAAUGUUGCCCGUUUGAGAAUUUUGUGCACAUAUACAGGUUUUUCCAAGAUCCGUCUCUGGCCAAGAAAGGAUCGAUGGUACUCUGCAUGCAAGAGAGACCAAAAGGUCAUGGAAACAUUGAGCAUAACACACAGCUAGAAAAUUAUAUUAAGCUGGCCUGAGCAAUCAUGUUGUCUUACUCAUCCUACGUACUCACAGCAGUAGGUGCUUUGAUAGUGACUUGCCACGCAUUGAGUAAAUUUCCAGAAAUUUCUGGGCUACCUGAUAUCCCUGGAAAAGAUGUUCUGAAAGGACUGCCACGUGUACCGGGUCUACCUGGUUCUCUGGACACUGAAUACCACAAUCAUUUAGUAAAUUUGGAACACCGACUUUUCCAACUUGAAGCCGCACUUGCUUUGAAUGGGAGGAUAAGAGAAGUAGGAGAGAAAGUGUUUGCUACCAAUGGAAAAAAAGCCGAUUUUGCAUCUGCACUACGAUCCUGUGAAGAGGCUGGAGGAACUCUUGCAACUCCCAUGAAUGAGGAGGAGAAUAAAGCUAUUAUGGACAUUGUGAAACAGUAUAAGCAAUAUGCUUACUUGGGCAUUAAAGAGUGUGAGACUUCAGGCCAGUUUACAUAUAUAACUGGCAUGCCCCUGAGUUAUACCAAAUGGCACCAAUAUGAGCCUAAUGGCAAAGGGAAAGAAAAAUGUGUAGAGAUGUACAAGGAUGGGAGCUGGAAUGACAAAAAGUGCAACCUGUAUCGUCUCACAAUCUGUGAAUUUUAAAGAAUGGCCUUUCGGCCACUUCAGAGUGUGGAGACAAUGAAAUAUGCUUUAUCUUAGGUUUAUAAAAUUUCUGCAAAUUUUCUGUAUCCUAAAAUCUAAAAUGAAUCAUAUUUAAGUAAUUUUUUAUCCUUAAGAAAAUGCUAAAUGUGGUAGGUGAUUAACAUAAUUAAAAUGUUCUUAAUCUGA